AUGAUGCAUCAAGAACGCCACCUCAAUUUAGGAUGUAACUUAGGCUUAACAAAAAAACGCGUCUUUAUUGACGGAAUGGAAAGUUAUUAUAAUCAUAAACAAGCAUUUAUAGAAUCGCAAAUUCGUUUGCUUGAGCAAGAAUUCAUUACACCUUCAGAAGCUUGGAUAUCAAAAGUUACUGAAUCACCAGCGGAAGAACGAAUUCCUUUAGCUGUUGUUGACACCAGUAAUAGGAAACAUCAUGUACAAAUAUUUAAUCGCCAAUCGAUGCGUCAAAUACUCGAACAACUUCAAUUUAUCUACGAUCAAAAAUGUAAAGACGCUUUAGAAGGGCACAUUAGAGUUGAGAAAAAAGAUUAUAAUAAUAUCAAAUGGAUCGAAUCAUUUCCCGAAGAAUGGCCACAACUUGGAAAUUUAGAAUAUGAUCAAGAAGAAUUAGACAAAUACGCUGAUUUGCGAUCACGUGUAAAUCAAAUUCAAAAAAAUUAUAUUACAAUGAAGGAGAAAUGUGAACACUAUAAGAAUCUUCGCGAAGCUCUUGCACCGUUAAAUAAAUCAACCAUACAACAAAAUUUGGUUGCAAAAAAUGCGCCUGUUAUUAAUGAAAUUAACAAAAUGAGGAUAUUGUUACCAAAACUAUUAAAUACAUUGCAAAGAAAAUCAGGGUUUCUUAAGAAAAAACUUGAUGAGAAUUUAAAAUCUGAAAGUCAAGACGGUGGAAACUCUCAAAAUUUUAGAAAUACAUUUGAUAUUGUCAAAGAUAUGUUCAAAGCUGAAGAGUAA